AUGGCUUCUGCUGGUGGAAAGCCAGCUGGGGUCCUCCAGAUCCCAGUCUCAGCUACGCAGAAAGGAAGCCCAGCGCCUGCACCUGCAACAAAGAGCGCUGCGAAGCCUCCUGCACCCAGGCUCAAACUCAUCGUGCGUCGACUUCCACCAGGCCUCACCCAGGGCGAGUUCGAGACAAACCUGGGCGACGAUUGGAAGGUGGGAUCUGGCCAGGUCGAUUGGUUCCAGUACAAGCCCGGAAAAGUGUCGAAAGAUCCUGCGAAACCGUCUCGACCGGCACGAGCCUAUUUGCACCUACUCUCGGAGACACUGAUUCCUUCUCUAUUCGAAAAAGUCAAAGCCACAUCCUUUCACGAUGCUCGGAGCACCUCGAACGACCCUGUCCUUAUGGGGCCCCCAUCCGUUGAAUUUGCCCCGUACGCUCGGGUUCCUGGAAGUCGCACACGCAAGGACGGACGGCAAGGGGGGAUAGACCAAGACCCUGACUUUGUCGCUUUUCUCGAAAGCUUGACCAAUCCCGUGAAGAAAUCUGCUGCAACAGAGGGCGAGGCCGAAAAAGACGACGACCAAGUGACCGUGACGCCUUUGGUUCAAUAUAUCAAGGAGAAGAAGGCUAGCAAGGCAAAGGAUGGCGCAUCGGGCAAGUCUUCGAAGCGAGGCAAAGACAAAGAGGCCAAGGCAGAGAAAGCAGAUGCCAAAAAAUUGCUAAAACGCCCAGAGAAGGAAUCUACACUGGCAUCGACACCUGGCUCACCCGACAAGAAGUCGACAUCCUCUCCAGCGAAAGUUGAAAAGGCUACAAAAGAAGCAGUCAAGGCCGCGAACAAGCAAGCGGCGGCAGCAGCAGCUUCUACAAAAUUGAAACAGCCUGCAACGAAAGAACCAUCACAAGCAUCCCCUACGCGCACUCCGGCAUCUGAUCGCAAACGAGAACGGGGAGACGUCACUGCUGCGGCAAAAAUCUUACAACGGGACUUGGGACUGGCACCAUCUGGAGGUAGACGACGAGGGAAAGCCGCCGCCGCAGCAGAUAACGAAAGUGCUAAGAAAGAGGCAGGCCAGGACUCAGCGACCUCAUCUCCAACUGUGCCGACAGGCCCAAAAAGCUCCAAGCAAGGACCCAAAGCAGCCAAAGAGAGUGCAUCCAAAGGAGCAGCUUCCAAAGGCAGUCCUAGCCCAGCCGCGCAAGCUACAGAAACAAUUACAAAUACAGGCAGCCCCGUUCCUUCAACAGGAUCUGCUGCAUCAACACCCAAGCCUCCAAAGCAACCCAAACCCAAACAACCUGCUGUGUCACCAACCGCUACCCAGGCGUUUCUCAAACACGCGAACCCAUCUCAAGGCGUUACAGAAGAGCUCCUCGAUACAGCCUUUGGUGUUUUCGGCAAAGUAACCAAAGUGGAAAUCGACCGGAAGAAGGGAUUUGGAUACGUUGACUUUGCUGAGGCAGACAGCCUCCAAAAGGCUAUUGCGGCGAGCCCGGUGACAGUGGCGCAAAGCCAGGUGGUGGUAUUAGAAAGAAAGAAUCCUCCUUCGCAGCAAAAGGCGGCGAAGACUGGUGAUGCAGCACCACAGGCGUCGUCAGGAACACCUCCGCAGGCGGGAGUUUCUCGAGAGAAACGGUCGCGCGGCACACGAUCUCGAGGAGGGAGAGGUCAGAAGAAGGCUGGAGCUGGAGCUGCAGAAGGGGAGAAGGGGGAGAAAGCUGAGAAGGCAACACCUGUUAGCGAGGCUCAAUAG